CGCUCACACUCCCCAUGUGCCCGCUCUGAAUACCACUGCGCCUUCACGCGCCACCACCACCACCACCCCUCGUCUCCUUCCUCCCCGCUCCUCCGUGAUCCCGUCUCCUCACAUCCCUAGAGAUCAAGCCCCGCAUUCCCUCCCCUCUCCCUCCUCCAGAUCGCGGCGGCCGGCACCGGACAUUCCCUCCUCGGGGCGAGCGCGACACCGGCCGCAGCCAUGAUCCCCCGCAGCGCGCCGGCGUGCGCGGCGCUGCUGCUGCCGCUGCUGCUCGGGCUCCUGAGCCCGCACCCGGCGGCGUCGCAGCAGGAGGGCGACGUGCCCGAGUCCUACGCGGCCUCGUUCGCGUCGCGCUUCGCCGCGCCGCCGUCCUGGUCGUUCCCAAACCCGCGCCUCCGAGCGGCCUACGCCGCGCUCCAGGCGUGGAAGCGCACCGCCAUCUUCUCCGACCCGACCAACUUCACCGCCAACUGGUCCGGCCCCAACGUCUGCGCCUACAACGGCGUCUUCUGCGCGCCCCUCCCCACCACCACCGCCACCACCGGCUACAGCCACGGCCACGGCGGCGAUGGCGGCGGCGACCUCGUCGUCGCGGGGAUCGACCUCAACCACGCCGACAUCGCGGGGUACCUGCCGGCGUCGCUGCCGCUCGGCGUCCCCGACCUCGCGCUCUUCCACAUCAACUCCAACCGCUUCUGCGGCGUGGUGCCGGAGACCUUCCACCACCUCCGCCUUCUCCACGAGCUCGACCUCAGCAACAACCGCUUCGUCGGCGGGUUCCCCGAGGUGGUGCUGUCGCUGCCGUCGCUCAGGUACCUCGACCUCAGGUUCAACGAGUUCGAGGGCUCCAUCCCGCCGGCGCUCUUCGACCGCCCGUUCGACGCCAUCUUCAUCAACUCCAACCGCCUCCGCAACCCCAUCCCGGCCAACCUCGGCAACUCGCCGGCCUCCGUCGUCGUGCUCGCGCACAACAGGCUUGGAGGGUGCAUCCCGCCCAGCAUCGGCAAGAUGGCCGAGACGCUCAACGAGAUAGUGCUCAUCGCCGACGAGCUCACGGGGUGUGUCCCGCCGCAGGUCGGGCUGCUGAAGAGGGUCACCGUGUUCGACGUCAGCGACAACCACCUGCAGGGACAGCUCCCGGCCAGCAUCGCCGGGAUGGCCGCCGUCGAGGAGCUCGACGUCGCCAGGAACCGCUUCGAGGGCGCCGUGCCGGCCGGUGUCUGCGCCUUGGCGGGCCUCAAGAACUUCACCUACACCGACAACUUCAUCACUUCGCGCCCGCCCUGCGCCAAGGCCACCGCCGACGGCGCGUGGAACUGCAUCCCCGGCGCGCCGGCCCAGCGUCCGCCGUCGCAGUGCGCGGCCGCCGCGGCGCACCCGUUCGACUGCAGCAAGGCGCAAUGCCAGGCCCCGGCCUACACCCCGACGCCGGGUGGUGGUGGCGGCGGCGGCGGCGGUCAUGGCCGCGGUGGGCGCGGAAGCGGCAGGCAGCCGCCCACGCCAGUGGGAUCUCCUCCGAGACGCGGCAGAGCUGGGAACCAGCCGCCAUCGAGCUCUCCUACCCCAUCCUACCCGUCGCCGCCUUCGAGCACUCCUACUCCUUCCUACCCAUCGCCGCCGUCGAGCGCCACCACUCCCUCGUCCCACUCGCCGCCGAAGAGCUCCACGCCGUCGUACCCCUCGCCGCCUCAGGGAUCCACCACUCCCUCGUACCCUCCGCCGCCAUCGAGCGCCACCACUCCUUCUUACCACUCGCCACCGCAGGGAUCACCCACCACUCCGUCCUACCCCUCGCCGCCGUCGAGCGCCACCACCCCCUCCUACCACCACUCGCCACCACCCACCACGCCGUCCUACCCCUCACCACCCAAGGGCUCCCCCACGCCGUCGUACCCAUCACCACCCUCAAGCUCCAGCACCCCAUCCUACCACUCGCCGCCGCAUGGCGCGCCGACCCCGUCCUACCCGUCGCCACCCAAGGGCUCUUCUUCCCCAACUCCAGUGACCCACGCGCCGCCCCCGCCGACCUCCGCGGACGAGCCGGACUUGCGUCACGCGCCGCCGCCGGGCUCGUACGGCCCCACCCCCUCGACGCCACCGUCCCACGGCUCGCCGUCUCCUCCCUCGACAGGCCACCCCACGCCGUCGCCACCCACAGAGCACCCAGGCUACGUCCUGCCGCCGCACGCGCCGGGGACCCCCUCCUCUUCCCCGUCCCACCCCGGCACCCCGUCGACGACGCCAGGAACGCCGCCGUCGAAGCACUGCUCGCCGCCGCCCCAGGGCGGGAGCCCCGGCACCGGCACCGGCGGUGACCACGGGCACGGGCACGGCGGGAAGCUGCCGUUCCCGCCGGUCUACGGCGUGUCCUACGCGUCGCCGCCGCCUCCUGUGAAAGCCGUACUACUAGCCGCUCCUGAGGACCGCUCCGCUCGCCGCCUCGCCGGAGCGCCGGUCAUCGGCACCAACACCCACCACCCGCCCGCCAGUAUAAUACUUCUCCAUCUGCAUCCCUGUAGUAUUUUUGCUCCUUUUUCUCUUCUUCGUUCUUUUCUUUCUUUGAUGAUGAUGAGUAUUUGAUCAAAUUGAAUCAAAGAGUUGCAAUGUAUUGAUUCGUUCUUUCUCCCUCCCCCCAGCCUCCUCACCGAAUUCAUUAAUUAAUUCAUUUGGAGAUGUA